AUGUCAGCACCUGAAACUGCAGUCUCAGCCUGCCCAAAGCAAUGGGGUCGCAGCAAGAUGAACGUCUCCAAGAUCACCUACGACUGGACAAUCACAGAAUUCAGCCUUCGCCCAGAAGAGGUCAAAGAGAAGAUGAUCUCGCCAGUGUUCUAUUCCGUUGAAAACAAGAAUGAUCAGUGGAGGUUAGAGUUGUACCCCAGAGGGGACAACAGCGACAACAAGAACCACCUCUCCCUCUUCCUGCAGCUGGUGGCCACCGACGAGCCGGAAAUACCCCUCCAAUGUAAGUUCUCCAUUCUCAAAGCGGAUACCAACAUGAAAACAAACACGAAGAAGUUUUUUCGAAAGUACAUGGUUGGGAUGACCCUGGGUUACCCAUCUUAUGUCAGUCGAACACAUUUAUUGGAUCAGUCCAAUGGUCUUCUCACAGAUGAUGUUUUGGUCAUUUGUUGUGAGAUUGACAUACCCAAAGACACAAUAUCGACAUCCUGGAUUGAUGAUGCCCGACCAGAACCGAAACACAUCUCCAAACGUCGACUCGUGGAUGAUCUCCGGGUGCUUUUCGACGAAUCGAAGUUCUCUGAUGUCACGAUUGUGGUCGAUAACAAGAAGUUCCCCACCCAUAAGUCGAUCUUGGCAUCAAGGAGUCCAGUCUUCGCAGCCAUGUUCAGUCAUUCCUUGAGGGAGGAGCAGAGGAAUCUGGUGCACAUCGAUGAUAUGAGGCCUGAUGUCGUCAAGGGAAUGCUGCAGUUCAUUUAUACCGAUGAAGUUCCUGACCUGGAGAAGCUGUUGAACGAGUACCUGGGGGCUGCUGAGAAGUAUCAACUGAGUGGAAUGAAGGAAAAGUGCGAGGAGGCCAUUCUGGAGAGGGUCAAUGAGGAGAAUGCUGCUCUCUAUCUGGUAAUUGCUGAUCGGUUCAACGCUGAUGGACUGAAGGCGAAAUUGAUGAGCUACAUUACGAAACACUUGCCUGGGAUAGUCGGGUCGGCAGCGUUCAAAGAAAUGGAGGAGAAACAUACGGCGCUGCUGGGGCACAUCAUCCGGGCGCAGGUCAAGCUGAUGGAGGAGAAGACUUUUGACGAGUAUAUUGUUGAGUGA